AUUUCAUCCUAUUUUGUAAAUCCAAAUAAACAAAAGUUUUAGAAGCUCCAAAAAGAUGAAAAGACAAUUCCUUUUUGUUGGUGUUGAAAAGUAAAUAAAAAAGAAAGUCAAUAAGGAAGAAUAGAGGAAGAACCAAAUCACAACAUCGAUAAGAGAACGCCGAGCAACCACCAUUUCUCGCCGCCGAAAUCGAACCAGACGUGAGGUGCCUAUAGGAAAAUUUCUCCUCAAUUUCUUCUGAUUCUGAAUCUCACUUCACAUCGCCAAGAUUUACAUGAUUCACGAUUUCAGAAAUUCGUGAAAUUUAAUUUGACUAGAGGGAAUGCACAUGCAUGAGUGAUUUUGAAAGCUUCGUUGCUUAUUUGAUUGAUAUAUUAUGAUAAUGAUGACCUCAUCAGUUCUCAAUUUCGUGAACACUACAUUAGAUUGGGUGACAUAUGCUUUAGAUGCUCCUUCUACGCGAGCAGUAGUUUUUGGAUUCAAUAUCGGUGGCCAUUUGUUUAUCGAAGUUUUUCUCUUGGUGGUUAUACUUUUCUUGCUUUCCCAGAAAAGUUACAAGCCUCCAAAAAGGCCUUUGACAAACAAGGAAAUUGAUGAACUAUGUGAUGAAUGGGUUCCACAACCCCUUAUUCCUUCUCUUAAUGAAGAGUUGCACUAUGAACCACCAGUGCUGGAGAGUGCUGCUGGGCCACAUACCAUAGUCAAUGGUAAAGAAGUUGUAAAUUUUGCCUCAGCAAACUAUCUUGGGCUUAUAGGUCAUCAGAAGUUACUUGACUCAUGUUCAUCUGCUUUAGAGAAAUAUGGCGUUGGUUCUUGUGGUCCCCGUGGGUUUUAUGGAACAAUUGAUGUCCAUCUUGAUUGUGAAGCGAGAAUAGCAAAAUUUUUAGGAACACCUGAUUCAAUUCUGUACUCUUAUGGACUUUCGACCAUGUUCAGUGCUAUUCCCGCAUUCUCUAAAAAAGGAGAUAUAAUUGUGGCAGAUGAGGGAGUUCACUGGGGAAUACAAAAUGGCCUUUAUCUUUCUAGAAGCACAGUCGUAUAUUUUAAGCACAAUGACAUGGAUUCUUUAAGUAAAACUUUAGAGAACAUUACUUCCAAAUAUAAGGGGACAAAAAAUUUGAGGCGUUAUAUUGUCGUUGAAGCUCUCUACCAGAAUUCUGGCCAAAUAGCACCCUUAGAUGAGAUCAUUAAAUUGAAGGAAAAAUAUCGUUUUCGUAUUUUAUUGGAUGAGAGCAACUCGUUUGGUGUACUUGGAAGUUCUGGAAGAGGUCUCACCGAACACUAUGGAGUACCAGUUGAGAAAUUAGAUCUUAUAACUGCUGCUAUGGGACAUGCAUUGGCCACAGAAGGAGGAUUCUGCACCGGAAGUGCAAGAGUUAUUGAUCAUCAACGGUUGAGUAGUUCUGGCUAUGUCUUUUCUGCUUCUUUGCCUCCAUAUCUUGCAAGUGCUGCAAUUACAGCUAUUGAUGUCCUUGACGAAAAUCCCAAUCUGUUAACAAAAUUGAAGAGCAACAUUGCUGUGUUAUGGAAAGGGUUGUCGAGAAUACCAAGCUUCACAAUCGCAAGUCAUCCAGAGUCACCAAUUGUUUAUUUGAGAUUAAAGCAGUCAACAGGUUCUUUGAAAGAUGACCUACAUCUGCUUGAAAAUAUUGCCGAGCGUGCUUUGAAAGAAGAUUCUGUAUUUGUGGCGGCUUCAAGAAGAUCAACAUUGGACAAGUGUAAAUUGCCUGUAGGAAUUAGAUUGUUUGUUUCUGCAGGGCAUGAAGAGUCUGAUCUUCACAAAGCAUCUGAAUCAUUGGAAAGGGUUGCCGCAAUAGUCCUUGGCGGUCGUAAUUGAAAGUUGUACUGUACACCUCUCUUUCUUUUCAUGUUCCAAAAUGUCAGUUCUAUUCAACUCUUAGCCGAGAAAUUUUGAAAUCCAGGCAGAUAAAUGAAGUUCUGUAGUUGGUAAUUUAUGUAAUAUUUUCCGGGCUAGCUUAGGGUAACAAUUUUUUUGGGAGUACUAUUCUUUGAUAUGUGUUGAGGGGUGGAAUAAGGAUUUAAGUUUCUAAUCAUCAUUUGGGAAAUGCUUAUAAAUUACAUUAGGCUUAAUUUUUUUUUUGCGUUGACUCCUUGUAUAUCAAUUUCAAUGUUACAUUAUUAUUUCACUAGUUAAUUGUUCAUCAAGAUUGCUGAAGGUUUAAA